AUGCUACUGGUACUCGUGUUGUGCGCGCUAUGUCCGGCCGCGUUGUCGACCAAAGCGGCCGCCGGGGACGACGCGGCCGUGGUGCACGCGGUGUCGCCGGCAACCCGCGGGGACGAGCACGAGCAGACGGCCCGGAACUACGUUUCCGCGCACGAGCUGCCCAAAGACGUGGCCACCAGGGUGAAGAUCGUCGGCGACCUCGGCACCCCGCCGCCCGGCGUGCCCCUGGACUUUGUGCCCCAACAGUCGUACGUGCAGGUCCGCCGGUACGACGCGGUCAAGAGGCUACCGCAGGAAGCGGCGCUGGAGGAGGCGGCCACGGCCGAGGAGGUGGCCAACGCGCCCAGGCUCAGAGAAGUGGUCUCCCACAAGAAGACCCAAGAAGUGUACGAGGAACAAGGAUACGAAGACGCCGGAUACGACCACGGCGGAUCGAAAAAGAUUAAGGUCGAAGAAGAAGUAAAAGACACGCACAACGUGGACGUUAUCAGGUCGAAUAGCAGUUCACCGUACAGCGGCCAAGAGACCAAAGAAAGCGCGGCCACGGUAGCGCCGUCGGGCCGCGGUUCUUGGAGCCGGCACAAGUCGUCGUCGGGCAGGAAAACCCGGUUCGAGGACGACGGCGGUGGAAGGGGAAAGCUGACCACGAAGGAGAACACGCCCACGAGCGAAAAGACCUCGGGCAACUUUACGAAAUUCGACGGCGGCAGAACGAUAGUCGUACAAAACUUGACCAGCACGGAGAAGAAAGACCACAAAGACAGCGCGGAAUCCCGGCAAGUUAGCAGCGUCAGCAAAACAGCGACGGACAACGUGGAACCGACAACGUACCGGCCGGCCGGUAGACACGAGGGUUUCCGGCAUUCGACCAAACCGCUCAAGAACGACGGCCGUGGUCAAAAAAGGAACCGGCCCAGGAACCGGCCUAAGAAAAUCAACGCCGAAGACGCCGAACAUCAGCAGUCCCAUGCCGACGUGGUGGGCAGUUAUGAUAACACGCCGUGGGUGCCCAUCCCGCCGCCGAAAGACUGGUCUACCAGACCGCAAUUCGAAACGAAAAAACAUCCCGGCAAAUCCAAAGUGCACUCGGAAAUGAACGAACCCGGUGGUCACGGGAUGAGAUUCGGAUUUACCGUACACCACGACAACCCGUACCAGUACGUUUACCCGGCUGACACUUCGGGCCAUGGCCACGCGACCAAACAGCCGGCGAAACCCAUCAGGUUCAAACCGGAAAUAUCUGAGGUGGUCAUGGGAAAACCAAAGGGGCCGCAAAUCAAUUAUUUCGAUUUCACCCCGGAAACGAAUUACGACGGUAGUGCCAUAUAUCAAAAACCGAAAAAACUCAAAGCAACGGGAAGUUCGUCCGCGGACCAAAUUAACUUGUCCACCACUCCUAACUUCAAAGACCCGGUGGUAUCGAAAUACAAACCCGAUUCGACACAUAGCUCCCAGCAUGAAGGAAGUGCCAUUCGACAACGACCGAAAACCAAACCAGUUCAACAAGAAGCAUUUGUAGAGUACUUCAGCAGCUACCCGAAGCCUGAAUCGCCGCGCAAUGAAAAAAAGAAAGGCCAUAGAGAUAUCGAAUCGGAACUGGGAAUCUCGGGCAACUCUGGUUCCAGAUAUGUACCCACCGAGCACGCGGGUCUUGGAUCUAACACAAAAUACGAAUCUCCAUUUUAUACCAAAAGACCUAAGCCUGUUUACAAUACUGAUUCGACGGGUGAUUAUAAUGUGCAUGAUUAUCCAAAGUUCGAAUUAUAUCCAGGUACUCAACAUAAGUUUGCCGUCAAGGAAAAAUCUCCUAGUCUGAGACCGUCAACUGGUACCUCCAAUUCCGAAUUUAGUUAUGUUCCUCCACGCGUUAACAAAUAUGAAGGCCCGCGUUUGUCUGAGUAUCCAAAGUACAACAACAGACCAAAAAACGCGUACAGAGAAUCACUUGAAUCGUCUGAAAGCUGGGAAAACUACCCUAAAACCAAGCCAGCCUACCAGUCUUCGGAAGAAAGUUACUCCAAGCGUGGCGGUGGCAACAGUGAAGAAUAUCCCAAAUUCGACCACCGCAACAAAGCCGGCGAUAACACUCGAUCCAAGUCAAAUCACAUGUAUAGGUUAGUACCAUACCAGAAGCAAACGAAAUUGAACAACAUGUAUUCGUACGUACAACACGACGACCAUUUUCCGUCGGGAAGUCACCAGAGUAGUGUCAAAACGGAAGCUGCGGCCCCAAGUUUGACAAUGGCGAAAAAAGAUGGAUAUGUGAACAACCGACAUCCUUUUUUGCCCAAAGACUCGCUCAAGAACAACCCACAAGAACACAAGUCCGAAGACGACAACACAAAGCACGUUGAAAACCUGACACUAGCACAUUUGGCCGGUCUUCACAAGUCCGGUUCCCAUCGUCCCCUUCCCAUCGAGUACAACGAACGUGUGAAUAAUUUGGCCAAACUCUUAAACGAUAACUAUCCGAGAAGUCGAACCCGUCGUGAUCUAGAAGUGAUUCAUAUCGCUUCGAGCGGUACGACAACCGAAAUUCCAGUCGACACGGUUGUCUAUCCACAUUACAAGCAUGCCCCGAAACAGUCUGCGAUAAGAUACGCUACCAAUCCAAAUUUGAAACCCCGUAAAACGGAGGGCGGCAUGGAGUUCUACGAGUCUACGGAUAAAGUCAGAUGCGAAGAAGUUUCUGGACCGGCCGAGGUAGUUCCAGAACGAACCGAAGAAGGAGAGUGGAAAGGGGAACCCCGGCCUGGCAAUCCGAGGGUGGAAGCUGUUGGAGAUAAGAUCGGGUGUUUCAAGACGAAAUUUUUCGGCGAAGACCCUUUGGACAAUCCGUUUUUCAAAGAAAAAACAGUGGGGUUUCCCGAUGUGCUAUACUCGGAGAGGAAACCGUUAAGAAACCAAGAAAACGUCGAUCCGAAUUUAGAUUGGAAUUUCGCAGAAGAACUAAUUCCGGGACAAUGGUUCCCAGAUAAAGACAAAAGAACUCGAAGAUCAGGUAAUGAAAGUUUACCGAACAACCAUAAGAUUCAAGGAAUGGAUUCUAUUCUACCAGAGCCAGUUAUUUUAACAUUUCCGACCAAAGCCACAACAGUUGUUUACAAUAUAAAUGACACAAGAUCCAACACAGAGAAUGGAGACACCGAAGGAUCGUCCAACCAGGAACACGUAUUAAAAUAUUCAAUUAAACAUCCUGUACCACUUGGCGAGUCUACCGUAGUCAAAAACCAUUUAGUAGACAGCAAAAUAUUCGGCCUCAUUCCACCUCCGCAAUUGAAAAAGAAACCGACCAAUCCCGUUAAGCUGAAAACUCCUUCUGUAAAGAAACUAUUGAAAAAAAUCAAAGUGGAAGACGAUUCGGACGAAGACGGUUUGCUCGACGUUCUUAGUCCCAUUUCUUUUUUUCUAAACGACGACGACUAUGCUGCUCCGGUGGUCCAUAACUUUUUCAACAUAAAAAUGUCCGCGCCCGCUACGCUCCAGACUAACACCAUGGUCGAUGGGAGUUCCGAAAAAAACGUCAAUAAAGUGUACUUAAAAAACUACAGAAGACAAAAGAGGAACAUGCAAGGGGUGGAUUUACAAAAACCCAGACAGAGGAACAUCGACUUCAACGCCAACACCAACCUUACGGUGUCUCCGGCCACGUCCAGGGUAAGAAUGUACUCGACCGACAACGGCACUUGGUUUCGCAGCAAAAGGGAUCAAACGUCCGUCAACGUGGACGUCAGAAGAAAAGAGCCCAGGUAUUAUUAUCAUACACCAAGACCGAGGGUCAGAGUGAAACGGGUCGUGCACAGCCCGCCCCCGACCUACAGUAGAAGUGGUCAGGUGUUUAGUAGCAAAUACCUAAUACCGGACCAGGAUAACGGGGAAACGUUGCCGGAAGAAAUCAAUGUCGCUUUUUCCACCACUACGCCCAAGUACAAUUCGAACACACAGUUUAUACCGGCAAUAGCUUUUGGCGACAGCAAGACCAAAGUGAUACAGUACAACGACAGCGUGGCCAACAGUACGAACGGUGUGGAACGUGCGCAAAUCGACCGAAACAACUCGCUCAUAUACGUCAUCAAUCCGGAUAACGGCGUGGGCAAAUGGAUGCAAGUGAUCAAAGUAAAAAACGACGAAGAAGACGCCAGAUCGUCGUCUUUCGGUCAGGGUCCCAUUUAUUUGGAGAAAAAGAUCAAAACCGAAGGUCACCCCGUACACGGUAACGGACUGACUUUUGCCGGGAAGAAAGUCAAAACCGAACAAGACGACAAAUCGUCGACGGGCAACGGGCCGGUUUUUUUUGAGAAAAAACUCAAAGACGGUAUCGCCGAAGAGACUGUCGGUAAAUUCGGAUUCAAGGGACUGGACCGGGAUUUCUUAAAAAACAUCAUAAGGUCGCCGUUAAGUCACAGGUUCGCGCUAAAAGACACUCUGAUCAAAUUCCCCAAAAAGAGCGAACAGUCGGAGGAUGGACCGAAAAAAGUAAUAUGCCCGGUAAUCAAACAGAUGAAAAAGAAAGAGAUGAGGAGACGAACGACUACGACUGAAAUACCUGUGGUGGAAGAUUUCGAAGAAAGCCCGGUGGUCGAACAAAGCGGAGAAGAAGAGAAUCCCGAACCACAAGAAGAAGAAGGCGGCGGUGGAGAAGGAGGAGGAGGAGGAGGAGGAGGAGGAGGAGAAGAAGAAGAAGUAGAAGCAGAAGUACAAAACGAAGAAGAUCACCCGGAACAGAACGAGAGCGAGGAGAGACCCGAAGAAAACGAAGAACAUGAUCAAGAUCAAGAUCAAGAUGUACACGAAUCCAAACGGAAAAAACCAAUCUCUGUAGCGAAAAAACCAGAAUUUUACGGAUAUCACUUACAUCCAAGACAGAGGCGCAAACAAAAAAGAGAAUAAACAACAGUUGUUAAGUUAUUAAAACUGUAAUAAUUUAUUGUGUGACUAUGUUAUUAAAAUUAAAAAAAAAAAUAUAUAUAUAAUAUAAAUUGUUAUUAUCCGAUUAGGUCUGUAAAUAGUACCGGAUGUGUUAAUAAGUCUAAAAAAACAAAACUUCAUUACCUGUCGAAA